GAGUCUUUCGCUAUUUUCAAAUGCACCUGUGCCCCUAGCAGACGACGGAUCACACGCAUGCGUGGAUUGAUCAGCGGCAGUCUCCUAAUAAACAGAAAUUUGCCGCAUCCCGCAACACGAUCGAGCUAUGCUACACAGGGACAACUGCACCGAAUUGACGGUGACCAAUAGAUUAAACUGGCACUUUUUUUUUAUUAUUCACCUGAUGCUCUAAAAUGAUGUUGCAUGUUUACCUUUGAUCGAUCGUCACUCUGUCCCACGUCAAUAUAACCGAUAUCCAGGUAACGAUUCCUGCUAUCAUAAUUUUUGUACUUGUAAAGUUUUGCAUCAGCAAUAAAGUUUUACGUUGAAUUGUAAACUUUUUUUUCACAUUUUUCCGACAAGUUGACCCAUUUCACUCCGAUUAUAAUUUUCUGGCUGCGUCCCGCUCGCGACCGUUAUGAUAAGAAUUUGUGCUAGAGGCUGCAAGGCUUGAUUGUUCAAACUAAAAAUGGAGGAAGAUGAAGAAAGUGUAAAUCUGACGCAGCGCCGCAGCCACAGCAUCAGCUGCACACGCAGCUGUUCGCAGCCAAGCAUUUAUCGCUCGACGCAAUCAAACCUCAACCAUAUUUCCCAGUUAACUUUAUAUCAAAGCAUUCCUGGGACGUUGUUUGGAAGUGCUAUAAGUGUAAACAGCGCAGAGAGUGCCGUAUCAACUAGAAGCGUGCAUUCCGCUUGCAGUGGAGAUUCGUUAACUGCAAGAGCUAUGGAGCUUAGGAUGGUCGGUGGUGACUGUGAUCAAAUUAGAGAUGAUGAAGCAGGAAGAGGAAUUAGAUUGGAUUCACACUAUGACGAGGCAUCCAGUUUGUAUUUUCGUGAUGAGCUACGCACAAUUGACUUUGUACUGGUCUGGGAUGAACAUAAUGGAGAAGCAAUCACUUACAAAAGUGUGGAAAUGCGGAGGAUAUUUGAGGGAAACCUGCAACAGGAGGGCCUAGAACUUGAAUAUGAAAGACCAGAGCCUAACGGCUUACGCUUCAUUAAAAUUCAUGCUCCUCAAGAAGUUUUGCGCCGUUAUGCAGAGAUAUUGAAAUUGAGAAUGCCAAUGAAGAAUGUGCCUGGAUUUCGUCCAUCUGAAAGCUCUACUAAUAUUAUAGUUAAGGAAAUGAAUUCAUUCUUUCGACGUCUUUUGAGCAAGUUUGAUGUGGACCCAUCUAAGUUUCCAACAAUGAAGCACCAGUUCACAGCGGUUUAUAGCAGAGACAAAGAGUACUUAUUCGAUUUGGACACACCCGAGUUUUUUAGCCCAGGAACACGUUCGCGAAUUGUUCAUUUUAUAUUAGAUAGGACAACGUAUACAGAAGAUAAGGAAAAUGAUUUUGCAUUCGGGAUCGACAGAUUAAUUGCAGAAAACGCAUAUGUGGCUGCCUAUCCUUUACAUGAUGGUGAUCUUCACAACUCGGAAUGUAUGCGAAGUCUUUUAUACACAGAAUGGGCAAGUGUCAAGAAAUGUUUGCACUGUCAGCCACUAGAUUACGUGAAAGAAUACUUUGGCAUUAAAAUCGGCCUCUACUUUGCCUGGCUAGGUUUCUAUACGCACAUGUUAAUCCCAGCCAGUAUUGUUGGUCUACUUUGCUUCCUCUACAGCUGUCUCACAUUAUAUUCCAACAAACCGAGUGAAGAUAUUUGCUCUGGCAAUUUGGAACUGAAAAUGUGUCCAUUAUGUGAUAAACUUUGUGGAUACUGGGAUCUCAAAGAUACAUGCUUUCACGCGCGGGUCACAUAUCUGUUUGAUAAUGCAGCUACAGUUUUCUUUGCUGUUUUUAUGUCGUUUUGGGCCACAUUGUUUCUGGAGUUAUGGAAAAGAUAUUCUGCUGAAAUAACUCAUCGCUGGGAUCUCACCAAGUUUGAUAUUAAAGAAGAGCACCCCCGACCACAGUAUCUGGCUCGGCUUGCGCAUGUUAAAAAACAGCGUGCACACGUCAUUACAGAUGCUUCAGAGCCUCAUCUUUCUUUCUGGAAGUUGAAGUUACCGGCAAUUAUUUUUAGUUCCUCCGUUGUGUUAUUAUUGAUAGCUGUUGCGGUGGUCGCAGUUCUAGCUGUUAUACUCUACAGAAUAUCGGUUUUAGCAGCUCUAAGUUUGUACAAGGAUACUAUAGUGACAAGUUAUGCCAUAUUAUUUACUACUGUGACUGCUGCUUGCCUUAACUUGUGCUGCAUAAUUAUCUUCAACUCAAUAUACAUUCGGUUAGCAGAAUAUCUAACAGAGAUCGAAUUCCUUCGGACACAAACAGAAUUCGAUGACAGUUUGACUCUGAAAAUAUAUCUGCUACAAUUUAUCAAUUAUUACGCUUCCAUAUUUUACAUUGCCUUUUUUAAAGGUAAGUUUGUUGGGUAUCCGAGAGAAUAUAUCCGGUUCUUUACAUUUCGUCAGGAAGAAUGUGGACCUGGUGGGUGUUUAUUAGAAUUAUCCAUACAAUUAAUCAUCAUCAUGAUUGGGAAACAAGCACUGAACACUAUCUUAGAAAUGGUUUUUCCAUUAUUUUAUAAAUGGUUGAAUACUGUGAAGGUUCAUGUUGGAACAAAAAAAGAUAAAAAUAAAGACAAAUCAACAUCCAGAAUAAACCUUCAGUGGGUCAAAGAUUAUAAACUAGUAGAAUGGGGUCCCAGGAGUUUAUUCCCUGAAUAUUUAGAAAUGGUGUUGCAGUAUGGAUUUGUAACAAUUUUUGUUGCUGCUUUUCCCCUUGCGCCAUUUUUCGCGCUUAUCAACAACAUAUUUGAGAUGAGAUUCGAUGCUAAAAAGCUACUGACUAUGUAUAGAAGGCCUGUUGGACAGCGAGUUAGAGAUAUUGGUGUUUGGUUUAGAAUACUCGAUAUCAUUUCUAAAUUGUCAGUAAUCACCAAUGGCUUUAUUAUAGCUUUCACGUCCAACUUCAUUCCACGUCUAGUUUAUAUGAAGGCUUACUCGAAUACAAGUUCCUUAGAAGGGUUUCUAGAAAACUCACUGUCCAAAUUCAAUACCAGCCACUUUCCAGAUGAGUAUCGCCCACAAAUACCAAAUGAUAUUGAACCAAUUAAAAUUUGUUGGUACCCUGACUAUAGAGAGACUGCAUCGGGUGAAUACAAUUACAGCAUUAUGUAUUGGCAUAUCCUUGCUGCCAGACUAGCAUUUGUUGUGGUAUUCGAGAAUAUAGUGGCUUUGGUGAUGAUUCUGGUUCGCUGGUGUAUUCCAAACAUGUCUCAGACGUUACGAGAUCAAAUUCGUCGUGAGGCCUACAUUACAAAUGAAAUAAUAAUCAAGCAAGAGGCAUUACGAGCAUGUGGACCGUGUCGUACUAGUGAAAACAUUUCUCAAAGAAGUAAUUCAAAUACUGAGACAAUGCAAAGACUGAAUAGGGUUAUACAGAAUUCUCUAUCAAACGCAGAAUUGGAUUUGGAAGUUCACGGUAGUCCAGUUGGUGCAUCUGGUGUACAUCACAGAGGCACUGAUGGGGCAGUGUAACAACUGGUUAUAAACAGAAGAUUUCUCUCAUUUUCGCUUCCGAACGAAUACUCCUCUCAAAAAUAGAAUAUAUAAAAUUUUUCGAGUAACCACAUUAGGGAUAUGCAAGCUCAGGUCAUACUACUGGAUAUCUCACCAGAAGUUUGAAGCACGUAUUUCUGUUGAAAUAAUGGAACAUUUCACUACAAGUUGCUAAAUUUGUAACACUAGACUAAUGAACAUUUGAGGAUCCCUGAUUAUUUUUAAACAUUGUCACUGCCAUCGUCUGGAAAUAUUUGGAUUUAUAACACAUUUAUACGUACUUAGAAACAACACGUGUGUUACAUUCUGAGCAGCAGGAUGGGACAUAGUACUUGUAAAAGACUAAUUUACUGCAGUGUUCAUUUUGCGCAUACACACAAAAUACAAUAGGGAUUACUUGUUUUGAUUCGAAAUUAUAUUCGUACCUGCUUAACACAUAACUAUUAAAAAUUGUUAUUUACUUAGAACAAGUUUUUUUUUCCGCAGGAUAAUUAAGUGAACUGCCGUUGUUAUUGCGAUAGUCUUACAUAUCUAACAAUAAGACGUUAUGAGUGAACGUUGAUUAAUGGAUGUAUGUAUAUACACUUGUUAAAGUAUUUAUAUAGGUAAAUUUUAAUUAAAUAUGAUUAUUUAAAAAUGAA